GUCACCGGGUCGAAGGUCAUUGAGAUGGCGGGCCCCAGGUGGCGGGGGCUGUGGCGGCUCGGUGCUCGAUGCUGGCUCCGUCCGCCUUCCCACGGCUGGGCUCCUCCAGUCGGGCGCUGGUGCAGCAGGAGCAGCCUGUACGACCACGUGAGGGACGGCUACUCGGACAGGCCCCGGCUGGACAUGGGGCUUGUCUGCCGGCAGACGCCGGCGCUGCUGGACAAUGUGCGGAAUCGCAAGGGAGAGCUGACCGGGGAAGAUGUGUCUGAUAUAGUAUCCAUGUGGGAACAGCUGACAAAAGUAAAAGAGGAUAUUGAGAAGUUGGAGAAUGAGAAAAAUGAUAUCAGUGAUUCGAUUAAAGCGCUGCUGGAUAAGCAAAAUAAAGAAGCACUUCAGUCACAUCCUGAUUUCUCAAGGCUGCGAAGAAGGGGGAGGGAAAUUCGUUCAGAAUUAAAUAGACUGUAUCAUCAAGAGAGUGAGCUGGACGAACGUUUCUUUCUGAAAGCAUUGAAACUACCCAACUGGACUCAUCCAAGUGUGCCUGUAGGUGAUGAGAGCCAGGCUGUCGUGGUCGAAGUGGUUGGUGACAAACCAGAAUUUGAUUUUGAGCCCAAGGGUCAUUUGCAAAUUGGCGAAGAGCUGGAUAUUAUUAGACAGAGGCGGCUCUCCCACGUCUCUGGCCAUCGAUCCUACUACCUCCGAGGACCAGGCAGUGAACUGCAGCAGGCUUUGGUCCAAUUUACAACCAGCAAGCUGCUGAAAAGGGGAUUUGAGGCAAUAUCUGUUCCUGAUAUGUUGAAAGGGGCUGUGUUUGAGGGUUGUGGAAUGAUGCCCAAUGCCAAAUCGUCUCAGGUGUAUCAGCUCGAUUCGGCCCGCUUCGGUGAUCUCUGUCUAGCAGGAACUGCAGAGGUUGGCAUCGCAGGGUACUUCAUGGAUCAUGCUGUUAACAUCCAGGAUCUGCCCAUGAGGAUGGUGUGCAGUAGUACGUGUUACCGCGCAGAGACAGACACAGCGAGGGAUCCCCGGGGGCUCUUUCGGGUUCACCAUUUUACCAAGGUGGAGAUGUUUGGAGUGACGGCGGCCGAGACAGGAAGCGAGAGCACAGAGUUACUGGAUGAGUUUGUGUCACUUCAGAAGGAGAUCUUCUCCGACCUUGGACUCCAUUUCAAACUUCUGGACAUGCCGACUCAGGAACUGGGGCUGCCUGCUUACCGCAAGUUUGACGUCGAAGCCUGGAUGCCUGGGAGGGGUGAUUAUGGAGAGAUAUCCAGUGCCUCCAACUGCACGGACUACCAGAGCAGAAGACUGAACAUCAUGUACUAUGACGAGGCAGCUCAGUUAAAAUACGCCCACACUGUCAAUGGGACUGCCUGUGCGGUUCCGCGGACUCUGAUCGCUAUCUUGGAGUGUAACCAGAUCAAGGAUGGCAGUGUUCGUGUACCAGCAGUCUUGCAGCCUUAUCUUGGCAAAGAAAUCAUCAGUCACUCCAAACACAGUCCACUACGAUAUAUCGGACCUAACCAGUACCACAGGAAGCUCAACCAUUUGGACUGACGGGCAUCUGGAUUUGAGGAUCCCUUCAAUCAACCUAUUUUUGAUAUGUUGAGUCUGUUGCCACAGAGACUUGAUCAAGAGCACUCAUCUCACUGGACAACCGAUUGUCUCUUUUCUACAGCUGGGUUUGGAAACAUGCACCCUCUGCCUGAUGCAUAUCUCAAAGUCUUGCUUUCCUGCGCCUAACCCAGAGACAUGGCGAAAACUCUUGUUGGGAAGGUGAAGGGAAAGGGCAAGGUGCAGAGGUGGGGUUACAAUUAAGGUCUGGAGGAGGUUUGGUGCAAUCUAAUUGUACCUUGAACAACAUUUUAAACAUAAUAUUCCAAAGAUUCAAAGUACAUUAAUUUAUCAAGUAUGUAUAAAGUAUACAACCCUGAGAUUCAUCUUCCCACAGACAGCCAUGAAAUAAAGAAAACCCUGGAAUCUCUUUAAAGGAAAACUGUUUUUUGAAAAGUGGAAACAGAAUAUAAAACACCAAAUCACAAAGACAUCAAAAGAGUCCAGCCAUAUCCUGUCAUCCCAGUUCAGUUUAAUCCAGUCCCUCGCUAUCUGCAGACCACAGUGCUAGUCCACCCCGAUCAGAAUCGCACAAAACAGCAAUAAAAAGAAAGGAAAACCAGAAACGCACCAUAAUGUGAACUACAGAAUCCAGUCCACAUACCGCCUCAAUUAAAGAGCCCAAUCCAGAUUAAGAGUCCUAUCCCCAAACCGCAUCGAAUGAAGAGUCCAAACCAUGAAUACAUCAAUUAAGACUUGGGGUCAAUGAGUAACUAGUAUGUUGAUUUAAUGUACUUCACUUUGGGAAGAGGAAUUCCUCUUCCCCAUUGGCUUUGCAGCGUUGUGUAAUCCAAGGGUAGUCGCGGCGUGACAUAAUUAGCCACUCUUCAAAACCGAUCAAAUAAGGUAAUGCCCUUGUACCACCAGAGACAGAUUUGAAAUGUGCACCAUAUUGCUGAUUGGCUGACCCAACAAGGGGCAGGAUUGAGAGUGGCAAGGCUGACCUCCCCGAGAACAUCACCUUCUUAUCAAAGGAUCUACUACCUGAUUUGCCAUUUGCAUUUCUAUGUAUUAGGACUUCGUUGUGAUGUCUUGACAUGACACGCAACAAACAACAAUACUUAACAAUUUGAAAGAUUUGUCUAAAAAUAAAGCCAGAGAUUAAAGUAUGGAUAUGGAAUAAAAUGUGCACAAAUAUCUGCAUAUAUUUACAAUGUGAGCAGUGCUAUAAGAAGUAGUUUAAAUUGUUUACAAUGACUGGGAUAAUAAAUAGAGGGGAGUGUGGAGGGCUAGCGAGGAUGUUUGAUCAGAUUAACUGCCUGGGGGAAGAAUCUUGUCAGAUGGCAUGGAUUUUUUGUUUUAAUAGUCCUAUUAUAGUAUAAGGCAGUUUGCAGGGUGGUUGGUAUUCAGACUAAUUUUUUUCCUGCCCACUUCUUUGUCCUGGAUGCGUACAAGUCGUGCAGUGAUGGUAGACUGCAGCCAGUGACUUGACGGUUUGCUUAUGAUGGUGUGGCGUCAAGCACAGAAUUCUUCAGUGGGAGUGAAGCAACCCCAAGCGUUCCAAUGAGACAGCAUGCACCUUGGUGGUGAUGUCUACUCCUGAAUACAUUCUUGGCUUGUUUCCGUUACCCCUUGGCCGCUGUGUAUGGAUGAGCAUUCUCUGAGGAUCGUCAUGGUGAAGAGGCUUGAGAGCUCCUGAGCUCCCAAGGGCAAUGCACUCUAGAGUUUAGCAGCUCCUGCUACUGUCACGAAUGGUGUUAAGGUCAAGGGGGUGGUUCUAGACACAACCAAGACCUCAAAAGUGGAGCUGGCAGAAGAUGGCAACGUAUCGCAAGGGCAGUGAAGGCAGAGGAAGGCUGCAGUAGUGAGGGGUCCCCAGUCAUUUUGCACUCCACGUCACUGGACCCAGACCCCGGUCUGUCAAAGACUGUGUGGUGACUCCCCGUGCAUCAGCCUUCCCGCGUUAAAUGAAGUCACCAUUAAGGCAUUCUCCGUUAAGGGAAUCCGCCCAAACAUCCCAGAUUAAUGCACCAGAGUAUGUGCAUCCCGGACUGGCCUUUGAAGACCCAGCAACAGUGGACAGCCUCUGAGGAGAACAUUGUACUCGACUCGAGUGAUCGCCCUACAGGUGAGUGUUAAAAACUGAGGGGCUGGAAGUUUAAAGGGAAUAUGAGGAGGACUGAAGAAAGGGAAUGGAGGUACGAUGAAUAUAAAGAGUGGUUGAGGGUCAAAGUGGACCCACUGGGCUAAUUGGCCUGUUUCCACCUGUGUCUCUCGAUGAAUCUUUCCUGGAAACCUGGAGCAACACACACCAAAUGCUGGGAAACUCAGCAGGUCAGGCAGCAUCUAGGGAGAGGAAUAAACAGUCGAUGCAUCAGGCACCUGCCCAUCACCUCCCUCUGGUUCCAUUCCUUCUCUGAUGGUCCACUCUCCUCUCCUAUCAGAUUCCUCCUUUUUCAGCCCUUUUCCUCUUCCACCUAUCCCUUCCCUGCUUCUUAUUUCAUCCACCUCUCCUCCUCACCUGUCAGCUUGUUCUCCUGCCCCUCGCUUAUUCUGUCUUCAGUCCCCUUCCUUUCCGUGAAGAUUCUCAGCCCAAAACAUCAACUUUUUAUUCAUUUCCAUAGAUACUGCAUGAUGUGCUGAGUUCCUCCAGCAUUUUGUGUGCAUUGAUCUGGGAUUACAGCAUCUGCAGAAUCUAGUGUUUGUUGUUUUAGCUUUUUUUUGGAAACCUUUUGCCCAAAGUGGUGAGGGUCAACAUACUGUGGAGCUGCAACUUCCCCUUGUCCUGGGUACAUCACUUCAUAUUACCUGCAAUCUCAAGUGUGCUCACCCACAGGGUGCCUGUGUGCACCCCACCCCUUCCUCAGCCACCUGUGUCUUUGGUCUCGACCAUCUGUGAGAAUAUCCGAUGCACUUUCAGGAGCAGUUACAGCAAGUCUCGGAGCAGAUGGUGGAAUUUUAAUUUUACUGCAGGCACUCAUGAGAAUCAGCAGAGAUCACUGCUCAAAACAUAAGGCGUCUGGGUGUGAAUCACUGGCGGCACAUUUACUUGCAGCAGGAGAAUAAAGAUUACUUUUUAACUAUUUUACUUUGUAAGCUGUUCUGUGGGUGUUUAAAAUUCCUUUGUCACACAUACAUCGAAGCAUACAGUGAAACGUUUGAAUCAACCAACACCCAAAAAUAUGCUGGGGACACCCUGCAAGAUUUCUUUUUCACAAUUUUACUUGGUAAGCUGCAGAGAGUACUUCAGAUUCAUUUAUUUCUCACAUGUAUUCGGCCCAGUAUGUCACGGGUAAAGCCCUCCCAACUAUUGAGCACACCUGUGUGAUAUGCUGCCAUAGGAAAGAAGCAUCCAUUACCAGCAAUCCCCACCACCCAGGCAUGGUGCCAUCAGGUAGAAGGUACAGGAGCCUCAGGACUCGCACCACCAGGUUCAAGAACAGUUACUACCCCUCACCCAUCA